CUUCGCGGUUAAAGACCCCAGACAGAGAGCAGAUUAAUAUGCUGGCCCUGUUUUCGGUUUGGCUUCUCCGAUUAUCUGUUUCUAACAAACAACGAGGUCAAAUACUACACAGAUGGGAAUAAGCAAGCAUGCAUGACUAAACAGAGAAAAUGAAGGCAAUAUGGAAUCUGAGUUUAUCAACAGCCUUGAACCUCGAAUGAUUAUUGACAUCCUGUACGAACAGGAAGUAAUAACACAAGAUGAACACCUUAACCUUAACGAUAUAGAUAUUCAACAGAAUGACAGGAGGUGCCAACUGCUGGAACUUAUAGCCACUCGGGGAGAGAAAGCAUUCACUAAGUUUAAGCAAGCUAUUGCAAAGAUAUCAGAACUUUCGGCGUUAUCAAAUGAACUCGAGGUCGUCGAUUAUUGUGACUUUAAGCAGACAUAUUCAUCUAAACCAGAACUCACUAAUUUGUCAAAGAAACGGAAAGAACCAGCUUCAAGAUCGUCGCAGAAAUGGAGAAAGAAAUGUAGAAAAGAACAUGAAAGUGAGGUGUAUAAAACAAAGAGAAAACAGCUUAAAAAGCUUCUGAAAUCUGAUAUGGUACCAAGACCAGUGUCUUCAGAACGAAAACAAAUCAAAUAUGUGGAGUCAGCAUUUGACAAACUUGCGGACAUGUACAAUAAUGGACAGAGUAGAGAGUUUGCUUUGGAAUGUGUCAGCCUAAAAGAAGAAAGGCCACAAUGUUAUGAUACGUUGUUUACUGUGGCAUAUAUGCAGGUCUUGUUUGCUCAGCUCAAGUUAGAUUACACAGGGGAAAAGACAUAUCUUGCUGAGGCAAAAUCACUUAUGCCAAAAACUAAAGAUCCAAUGUAUUCACAGUUGCUGGUUUUAUCUCCACAAACAAGGAAGUAUCUCUUGCAGAGAAAGUUUGAGAAACUGCAAAAAUUAAUUGAUGACAGGAAAAUGAUUGUUCAGUCCAACCCCUGGCAUUGCACUGGAAGGGGUGCAGCUUGGGUUUACUACAACGAAGGAAGAGCUAAAUCGUUACAGCUUGAUAUGAUUACCGGUGAUGCAGAGACAAGCUGUGUGUGGAUAAUGCGGGAACGCAUUAUGGAAAGUUAUAACCGAUCUCUAGAACAUUUCAAUGAAGAAAUGGGCCAGGAUAGAAUUUACGGUGCUGCAGCUGUGAAGUUUCAGCUAGUAGUGUUACUGUUAAGAUGUGGAUGUAACGGACAUGGCAUGUGUCGCAAAAUUAACCUUUCAAAGAAAGAUGCAACCACGGCAGACUUUAUUAUGGAACAAUAUGAAGGCUCGAAUACUAUAUCGUGCCCGAUUCUUGAAAUGUACUUUAGAAUUGCCAAUUGCGAUCGAAUGUUUAGAAAAAAUCUUAAACGUGAUGCAUUAAAAAAUGCUGAACGUGCGCUCGUGCUAGCAAGAGAUAACAUGACGGAGUUUGUUCAACCAAUACAAAAUCGUAUUGACUACCUUCGACUCCAUACGCGUCAGUUCGAAAGGCCAUUGAUCCCAGCAACAGAUGUCUCAACAGAGUCCCCGUAUUAAAAUACAGUGACAGACACAACGAAUAACCAAGAUAGACUUUUGAUUACCAGGAUGGUUUAUAAGUUUAAUAAGAUUCGAGUAUAAUGACAAAACUUGCUAUGAUUAACACCAUCAAAUGAAAACAAAUGAGGGCGUUAUGAUAAGGAUUACUUAUCAGGCCGACAGUGGCAUACAGAAUAUAGAUGUGGAGUACGGUUAGAAUUUCUUGGGGAUGUUGUUUUAUCUUUUUACUUUUUUUCAAAUAUAAAAGAUAAAAAGAAAAGCUCAAACUUCAAGAGGAUGUUAAUAGCGUAAAGAAAAGUAACUUUUGAUAUAUUAGUAGAAAAAGCCACACAAUAGCUUAUUUAUUCAAUGGAACACAAUCACUAUUUUUCGGAGACGGAGCACAGUUGUGACUUUAAUGCAAGGCUGUUAGCGAGGUAUCUGCUCUGACCAUGAGUUGGUACAUGUAUUUAUUUUGAAAAAUGAACUAGGAUAGAAUAAGAAAUGAAUGAAUGAAUGAAUAUGAAUGAAUGAAUGCAUAUGAAUGAAUGAAUGAAUGAAUGAAUUUUGUGAUGGAGAAGGUUGCAUAUGUGAUGAUGUGCUUUAGAUGGAUACAUACAUGUGUUAUUUAGUGGGAAUCAAGCAGAUUAUGUACAAAGCGGAUAUUGUGAGAGGUUUGUAGAUUUCUGUUUCCCAGCAAGUGUUUUAAGCUACACGUGUACUUGUAAUACUGGAGUUUUUCUUAUUAUCCUUUUUGUUAAUAAUUUAUAUCUCACCUGCCCGAAGGGCAAGUGAGCUUAUGUCGUGGUUCGGCCUCCAUCGUCUGUCCGUUCGGCGUCAACUUUUUUUCUUUUAGCAAUUUCUUCUCAAUAUUCAUGGGGCACCAAUACCUGAUAUUGGUCCUGUAGCACGCUUAGGUGAAGGGUUACCAAGUUUGUUCAAAUGAAUAAUCUUGACAUACAUUCAAGGACACAGGGGUCAAUUUGGCUGAAGUCUUUAAACGACUUUUUUUCUCAAUAGCCAAGAGGCCCAGGGUCUUGAUAUUGGGCCUGUAGCAGUCAUGGAUAAAGGGCUACCAAGUUUGUUCAAAUGAAACACCUGGACUUACAUUCAAGGUCAUAGAGGCCAAAAAACCUUAAAUAUUUAAAUUAAUUGUUUUCAAUAAACAAGAGAUCCUGGGAGUGGUUAGGCCUGUAGCAUGCUGGAGUGAAGGGCCACAAAUGACAAGUUUAUUUAAAUGAAAGACCUUGACCUACAUUCAAGGUCGCAGGGGUCGAAAAGGCUUAAAUCUUUAAACAAAGAUUGUUUCCAUAGUCAUGAGACCUGCUAUUAGGUCAAUAGCAUGAUGGAAUGAAAGACUUUAAACGAUAUUGACAUGAUAAAUCUAACCUACUCUGAUAUUUGAAUAAAGUGGUAAUAAGCAUAGUUUCUGCAUAACCGGGUGCGCGAUCCAGGCCCACAUGGCUUCUUUUUUUUUUUUUUGAUAUUAUUAUACAUGCUGAGAAGGAAUCAUUACAAUGAAAUCAAAAUGUAUUUUCUUUACAUAGAAAUACACAUAAUACUUCAACCAUACAGCAUUAAAGCUAUAUUAGGGCAUCACUAUGUCCUUCUAGUGUUUAAGUCUUUAUCGGUGUUGUUUAUGUAUCGAUAUGUUCAUGUUGUUGUUGAUGUUUGUUUUCUUAGAUGAAAAUAAAUUCAAGACUUUGAAUAAAACAGAUAUUGUUUGCAUUAA